AUGUGCCGUCCUUUCUUUCUUUCUUUCUUUCUUUCAUUAACCUGUCUUUCUUUCUUUCUUUCAUUAACCUGUCUUUCUUUCUUUCUUUCAUUAACCUGUCUUUCUUUCUUUCUUUCAUUAACCUGUCUUUCUUUCUUUCUUUCUUUCAUUAACCUGUCUUUCUUUCUUUCUUUCUUUUUCAUUAACCUCCACGAGAUACUUUCUUUCAACAUCCAGCAAGACCUUUGGUCAAGGCUUCUACACUUUUAUUUCAAUUAUCUACUAUCCUUCCUUUCACUUACCUGGCUUUCUUUUUUUUUUCUUUCAAUUACCCGUCUUUCUUUCUUUCAUUCAACAACCCGUCUUUUUUAUUUUCUUUCCUAUAAACCUAUAACGUGUUUUCUUCCUCCUUUUUUAAAUAACCUAUCACCUGUCUUUCUUUCAAUUACCACUUUCCUAUUUCUUUCUUUCAAUUACAAGUUUUUCUUUCGUUUUCUUUCUUUCAAUUACCUGGCUUUCUUUCUUAAUAUAUUUCACUUUCUUUCAUUGAAAACCCCGGCUUUCUUUCUUUCAAUAGCAUAUAACAUGUUUCUUUUCUUGCUUUCAAUAACACGUCUUUCUUAA